UUAUUUAAUCAUUCGCUUGUUCGUCUUUCAUUUACUUAUGCAACAUUAAAAAGUAUUUUUAAUAUUUUUAUUGAAUCGGCAUAUCAAUGAGUAAUGCCAGAGAAGAGAGGUAAUGCGCAAACGUCUAUGGUAAACGUCAUCAGACGUAUAACCUUAAACUUCAACGUGAACGGGGUAUCAUGGAUUACAGAUUUAUAAUUAUAAUUAGGAAGUGAUAGUUGUAUAUUAAGAAAAAUCACAAAAACAUGUUUUACGAUCAUCUAAAACGAAUAUCGUUACGAUUAUUUACAAGAAAUGUUUAUCGCAAAAAUGUUUACAAUUGGAGAGAUGAAGGAAUACAUUACCCAGGUUUCAAAUAUUAUCCCAGAAAUACCGAUUUUAAAGAUCCACCGUAUGAGCCAACCAAAUUAUUUAUGAUACAAAGAAUCAAACCACUGAAAGGAUGUCCCCACUGGGAGAAAAGUUUCCUAAAAGAUUUUAAAUUAAAUGGGAAAAUUAGUGAUAUUGCCAUUGUUAAGAACAUACCAGAAGUUAAUGCAAAGUUGUGGCGAAUUAAACAUUUAAUAAAAGUUGUUCCAAUAACUUUCCCAAAUGGACCACCUACUGAAAGUAAUGGAACCUUUUUAAAAGAAAAUGGGGAACUUGUCGUUACUAGAAAACUUGAACCACUUAAAGAGAAGUUAGAUGCAACUGAAAAUUUCCAAAUGAACCCUAGGAAAAUGGACGGCGACACUUUAAGAAGGCGAAUGUUAAAGAAAUGGCUAACUGCAUGGGAUACCACUAUGUUAAAUGUAAACCAUAGAAGAACUACAUGUACGCGACAACAACCACAACCAUCGACGUUUACUAAUGGACGUGCCUUAGUGGUCAGAAUUGUGGUACAACAAAAGAAAGAGAUGGAACGAAGUUUCGGACAAUAUCCAUCUCUCUCACGAUAGUGCGUUAGCGUGUCAUGAAAGAGAUAGCACUACUUCGAAAUCAUACGUCAUCUCCCUUACUUUUCGAGCCAAGAAAUUAUUUAAACGACAUACGGCUAAGGCACGUCCAUUAAUAUAUGUCUAUAGCCAUAGCCGAGUAUUUGUUUUUGUUUGAUAGUUGCAUAGAUAUAGAGUCUAUGGAUAGUCGUAAUUAUCUAUGGUGUAGUUGUUUAGAUUUAGACAUAGAAUAUAUACUUAGCUACUUUGAAAUUUAGCUACUUGGCAACAUCAAUACGUAUGAUCAAUACGCCUGGGGUCAAUAAAUCAUAAAUUUUUUACAUAAAUCGACGGUAGUAUUGUAUCAGCGGUAUUAAUAAAUUCGAUUGUUAGCGUGUUUUACAAAAAUGUUUUUCAAGUAGUGCUUUUCGUUUUUUGAUAUUACUAAUCUGCUGAUCUGUUUUAUAUUUUAAACGUCAA